UGCACCGCACACACGCAGACGAGGAGCUGAGGAAUAACUGGAGCUAAAUACCCUCUGCGGUCUCCCGGCAACGGCCCUGACGCAGAAAUCCCGGCUCUUUCCCAGGGACUCGUGCUGAGAAGAAGCUCUGGCCGCCGGCUGCAGGUAGUUGGUGCAAUCAGAAAGGGGCAACAUGGACCCUGGGCACCUCUCCUUCCCUCAGUAAAAGCAGGAUCUAAAGGAGGGGGCAGAGUGAAGGAGUGAGAAUUUGCGGGCAGUUUCACCCAUGAAACUGUCAUACCACCAGAUUCUGACAUUUCUGAUCCAUGCCAUGUGGGGGCUCACUACAAAGGAUUGCCUCCCGCUUUUGCAAUAAUUGAAUCUUAAUAUCAACCAGCACUCAAAACGAAAUAUAUCUUUGCCAACCGUUUAAGAUAGUAUUAGCAUAUAACAGCUACGCUGUAAAUAAGGCACAAUGGCCUCCUGGUCUGUGCCAAAACUUGAAGUAAGUCUUUUCGAAGACGAACAGGACAACCCAGAGAGUCAGACUGAUGAUCACCUGAGGAGUUUAAAAGCACUGACCCAGAAACUGAGGCUUGAAACCAGGAGGCCUUCUUACCUAGAGUGGAAAGCCAAUCUGGAAGGGAAAGACUGGAAAAGCACAAAGCCAUUGGAUGACCCAGAUGACCCAAAGAAGCCCAGUGAGGACCCCAGCAACUUCAAGCAAGCACAAAAGCAACUCAGUGAGAAUUCUGACAAGGAUAGGAGCUUGACUCCAGGGAAAUUCAGUGACUUUGAAAAUAUUGACCAGGCAUUGAACUGGCUCAGGAAGGAAUUGACAGAAAUGCGUCUGCAAGACCAACAGCUGGCCAGGCAACUGAUGCGCCUUCGCAAUGAAAUCAGCAAGCUGAAGAUUGAGCAGACCUGCCACUUGCAUCAGCGGAUGCUUAACGAUGCCACCUAUGAGCUGGAGGAGCGGGAUGAACUGUCGGAUCUGCUCUGUGACUUCCCAGUGACCAAUGCCUUCUCUCUGUCGGCUCCUCUCAAGCUCAUCGGCGUGACUAAAAUGAACAUCAAUUCUAGGCGGUUUUCUUUGUGCUAAGAGCACCGUGUAUUGUUUAACUGUGUUUAACAGCUGAAUAAGACUGAAUAGUUUUACCUUUUCUGAUUCUUUCCCCAAUGUUUUGCUUUCCCCUUUACUCUAUUUCCCCGUUUCCUCCAAGCUUCUCCCGAUGACAGCAAUUCUUGGUGUGGUAUUUCUCCGUGAGUAACAGGAAUGACCUUUGCAGGGUGAGUAUCAGCAGGUUACGUGGUUCAGUCCUCUCCUUGUAAUCGAGGUGCAGAUCAGAAACAUGGGGAGCUCAAAAAGAUUAUCAUACUCUUUUUAUCCAGGCAUGCUACAGAAAGUCACUUUGCCUUAUUUGGGGAUCCCUUGAUCAAACACAGGACUCUGUUGGUCAUCAGACCUGACGAGAGUUUCCCAACCUAAGGUUCAUGGACCCCUUGCUGAAUGGGAUUGGUCAAUGGCAUAAAAAAGGGUUGCGAACCCCUGGUCUAAAAGCACUUUGACUUCAAUGGGGCACCACCGAGGAUUCUUCUCAACUUCAGCAACUUAGGAAAUCAUGUGUUAUACUUCCUCCCUUUAGUUGUUACCAAUUCCUGUCAGCUGGAAAGGUUACCUGCCGUGACCAAUGCUGUGCCACUACCACUGGAAAAUAAUUCACCCAACCUGAGACUGUCAAUCCAGUUACAAAAACAGAACAUUCUGGAGCCACUCUGUGCAUCAGGCAGCAUCUGCGGAAAGAUACUCUUCAAAUCAGACCCGGGAAGAGGGAAAAACAAAUUUGCUUUAAUUUGCAGAGAAGGCAAGGAGAGCGGGGUAAAUGGAGUAAAAUAAGUAUCUGUGAUUGGCUGACACUGGAAAACUCAAAUGCAGAUUCGGUGAACACUCUGUGGAAUAUCUGUAUUCGGUCCACAGGCGUAAUCCUCGGUUUCCUGUUGUGUGGCACUAUUGCCUGUGGUUUUCUGCACUAUUUGGAGCAAGGCCCACUGGAAAAUUAGAACAACACCUCAGCUCUGGAACGUGCACACUGGGUAGCCUUUCACACUCAGUAUCGAAUUGCUUAAUUGUAGGUAGCUUGCUUUCACUGUCCACAUCAGAACCGCUAUUUCUGUUCUAAGUCAUCAAUCAGUGACAAUGGCUCCAUUUCUCCUCUCUCCAUGGUCACCUCCUGACUUGCUGAGCAUGUCCAACAAACCUGCAACAUUUUAUUCUCCAUUGCUUGUCCUGUCACUGUCUGACUACUGCCAUUAACUGACUGGCCAUUACUCAUCUCCAUGGCAACCCUGACCUCACCCUUUCACAAUUAUUCUCUUACUUCUAUCUAUUCCCACCCCCAUGUGCCACUGCAACUUCAGACCUGUGUUUCUCUAUUUCCUGGUCCUCGGGUAGGGCAUUGGACCUGAAAUGUUAAUCCUGUUCAUAAUUUCACCGAUUCUGCCUGACUUUUCGAGUGAUUCAGCAGUUUCUGUUUUUAUUUUAGAUUCCCCAUAUUUGCAUUUUUCCAUUAUCCAGUUUGUUAUUGUUUCAGCUACAUUUGCCUCUCAAUUAAGGUAUAGGACACCUAAAGGCAGCUGAAGCGCCACCAGUGCCUUAUGAAGCCUUACUUUUAUAAGGCCUUACCAGUGCUGAAGCUUUAUAACGUACUGGUGAAGCUUCACGAAGCGUUGUUAGCAGUUUUGGACCCCUUAUUAAAAAAGGAUGUGCUGACAGUGGAGACGGUUCAGAGGAGGUCACGAGAAUGAUUCUGGUUUAUCGUAUGAGGAGCCAUUCAUGGCUCUGGGCCUUUACUUGCUGGAAUUAAGAAGAAUGAAGGGGGAUCCCAUUGAAUCCUAUCAUGCUGAAAGGUCUGGAUAGAGUGGAUGUGGAGAGGAUGUUUCCUUUGGUGGGGGGUUUAAGACCAGAGGGCACAGCAUUAGCAUAGAGAGGGGCAUCCAUUUAGAACAGAGAUGAGGAGGAAUUUCUGUACCAGAAGAUGGAGAAUCUGUGGAAUUUGUUGCCUCAGGUGGCUGUGGAGGCCAGGUCACUGGGUGUAUUUCAGACAGAGGUUGAUAGGUUCUUGAUUAGUCAUGGCGUGAAAGGUUACAGGGAGGAGGCAGGAGAAUAGGGUUGAGAGGGAAAUGGAUCAGCCAUGAUAAACAGGGGAGCAGACUCAAUGGGCAGAAUGGUCUAAUUUUGCUGCAAUGUCUUGAUAUCCAUGAAGAGUUAGGCUUUUAGUGAGCAUGUAGCCAGUGGGACAAAUCCUAAUGAAUUGUUGCAUUUUGAAGAUUCUGAUGCCCCAUCCUAUAUGAGUCUCCUUUGAAAUUCUUGCAGAGUUGUUCAUAUCUCUCCUCCACUGAUAGGAGAAACACGGCUUGGAAACUGGGUAACAUAGUGCUUUAUUUUCCACCGGUAUUCAAACCGAGGUUUGAAUCAGUUCAAAGUUCCAAACAUUUCCAGGUUAAGUCAUGGCAGUUCAUGAACAUGGAUUCAACACUUCUUGUUGUUAAGUCAACCUUACAACCCCAACGCAAGUUCCACACCAUGUCCCCGUGACCUAUUGAAAUGGCAGGCAAACCCUGGACUUCUUGUCUUGAGUGAGCUUGUCAUAGGGGUACACAGACCCAGGGGGCCUUGAGUUAAAAUAUAUAACCCACUCCUCAGAUUACCCUCAAAGCCUACAAUGUUAGCCCAGUGCUUAAUGUAAUGGUUUACAGUCACCCCCAGGUUCAGUUCCGCUACAAUCUGUAAGGAGUCUGCACAUUCUCCUCAUGGCCGUGUGUGUUUCCUCUGGGUGCUCUGGUUUCCUUCCGCAUUCCAAAGAUGUACAGGUUAGUAGUUUAAUUGGUCAUAUGUGUGCAAUUGAGCAGAGUGGGCUCAUUGCCAUAUCCCUAAGUAAAUAAACUCCUCCAAAUGCUGCCGUCACUCCCUGAACCCUACAUCUCUACCCAAACCCUUGCUGAAAUGCCCCCUUUCUCUUCCCCACUUCUACUACUGCUGCCGUCACUCCCUCUCCAAGAACAUGUAGUCUCCCUGGUCUCAGCAGCCCUUCCCAAACACCAAGUCGACCUCCUCCCCAUCCCCCACCCAGUCCCCAUAAACAGAUGGAAGGGGCAAUGGAGCACCAUUGGCAGUGGAGAAUGCCAGCCUCCCCGCUCCUCCUCCCUGUGCGCCUGUAGCCAACCUCCAAAGAACAGACUAUCAGCUUGCACAAAUACAAAUUCAGUCCAAAAUAGUCAAUAGUAAUUUGCAUGGUGAACAAGGUAAAGUCCCUUGACAGUUCGCUGAAAAUCCUCCACACGCUUUUAAAAGCCUGGUAAGAAACAGCAGCAUGACAUACAACACUUUGGACCAAUCGUGUGAUAGGUCACUGCUCCGUUCAGCUACCACAAUCCUGCGCAGUGAGUUCCUGAUUGCCAGUAUGGCAACCCUGGGAAGACUGCAAGUUGAGAUUUUAAUUUUUUUUCAACUAUUCAUUUUUGGUGAUGUGGGGUAUCACUGGCAAAGCCAAUUUUUAUUGCCCAUCCUUCAUUGCUCGGGAGAAGGUGGUGGCGUGUUGCCUCCUUGAUGGACUGCAGUCCUGAGGAAAUUGCUGUUGUGGAGGGAAUUCUGGGACUUAGACCCAGCAAUGACAUCGGAACUCCUACAUUUCCAAGUCAGAAUGGUGUGUAAAUUGGAGAGGGAAGUAGAUUUGCUGCCGUUUCUAUGUGGUUGAUGUUCCUGUCCUUCUUGUUGGUAGGGGUCAGAGAAAACCAUGGGAAAUCCUAGGAUAUAGUCAUAUGACUGCUGGUAUGAAUUUUGUAGUCAUGUGACUGCUGGUAUGUUAUUUAAGACCAUGUUUAAUCAAUGACUAGAAGUCAUUUGCUUAUCCUAAAGUAAUCUCUGAUUACACAUAGUAAAACUGUCAUGGGGAGUCCAAUAAUGGGGCAACUACUUUUAUACAUGUCCCAUCCCCAACAACCUUAUUAGCUUUAACCCUUUAAAGACAAUCACAUUCAAUUUCAAAGUAAACAUUUUUUUUAAUUGAAAUUUAACAAAGUUGAUGCACUACAAUUAUUUAAAAAGGAAUACUGUAUAUGUAAACUUCUGAGCUGCUGGAAAAUGAUCCCAGGAGAUAUGCAGUCAGGAAGAGGUUACAGCCUAAAUACAGCACUAUGAAAUAGUGGGUUCAUGCUCCCAAUUCCCCAAAGAGAGAGAUUCUCAAACUGAUCACGUCUUUGAUAUCAGAUGCUAGGUGGAAGGAAGACAUAGCUAUCUGAACAGAGUGAAAAUCAGAGGUGGAUUAUUCAACAAUUGCAUUUGUUUUAAUUAAUACUUCUGCCUCUCUUACUGUUCCCACAUCUGCUGAUUGAAAACAAUGCCCGCUGCAAUCUGAGGGAACUUCAGUGUGCUAAAAUGCUAUGGCCACUGUGUCUAAAUGUAAAUAUUAAAGCUAUUGUUGUGGGACAUUGUAAAACCCAUAAUGACAACUAAAGUACUUAUUUAUAGUUUUAAUAUUGCUGCAAAACAAGAUGGGGAGCGAUUUGUGCACUGUUCUUGUGACAAUCACCCUCCCUGAGUCAGAAGGCAAAGCCCAAAACAAUAGCUGGAGACAAGACAACAUCGGCCAAGGCUAAGAGGGUUUAUGUGAUACUUUAAAUCGCCUGUAGAAUGGGAUUUAGAUUUGAUAUGAAGGUGGGAAGGAAAGGAAACAUGAAGUACUUUAAGACCAAACAUUGGUCCUUUGACUUAGUUGAUAUUCUCUGAACCGUUAAAGGACCUCGAUGUGGUUAGAAUUUUCACUUUCACCUGCCAGGGUUAGGGAAAUAAAUUUGCCUGGAAAAAUGGACCCAUUGUUCUGAAAUCUAUCUUUAGGAUAUUGUAAUCAAAGAUAUGGGAACAGUGUUUGUCAGUAACACCAAAAGAAAACAACCCUCACAGAUCCUUCAGUGGGUCUCCUCUGUUUGAUACUAUUUGACAACAAGGAAGACAUCAGGCAAGCUGAUUAACCAAUUAUAUAGUGGGUUUCUCAGAUGCAAUGAAGCAAAAUCAUUGCAGCAGUCACAAACUAAAUAAUACAAUGCCUGUCUGAAUGGAAGAGUAGGAAAUCUGACCGAAGUUUUACAAGACCAGGGAGAAUGGGAAUCAGAUUCUUCAAUAGCUAAAACAGAAAAAAGAAAUCUGUAAAAUAAUUAGAGUAUUUGCAUAUCAAUCCUGAAAGAACAAGUCACCACUUUAGUUAAUCACUAUUGUUUUGUUGUUUUGCUGAUAAGGCCAUCUGUAAUUUCUCUUCCUGGGAUAUUGAACAUGUUCUUUUAAAAUUUAGGGAAAUAUGUUUAAUUCCAUUUAGGAUCCACCCCCACUCCACCUAUAGUUUUCUCCCUGCUUCUAACAACAGCCAGUUAUCCCAGAAGUGGUUCCAUUGUUGCCAACAGCCAUCCAUUCCCUUACAACCAGCUUUGCAUCAUCCAUUGACCUUGGCAGACUACUGAGCAAUCUAGGCAAGUCCAAUCCUCUUGUGCAAUAUCAAUCAGAACUUCCAGCAGCAGCAUUUAAAGCUUAUUAGAAAACAAUGAGAUUUUAAAAGAAUUCUGUCUUUCCUGAAGUUUAUGGCUUGGUACCACACCACUGAAACCCUGGCAGAAAGAACUCACACACUGAAUUCUGGAGAAACUCUACAGGGCAGGCAAUGGAGAGAAAUGAGCAGUCGAUGCUUUAGGGCUGAGAUCCUUCAUCAGGUCUUGGCCUGGAAUGUUAACUGCUCUUUUCCUUCUGUAGAUGCUGCCUGACCUGUUCAGUUCCUCCAGCAUUUUGUGGGAGUGUGUUGCCCCAGAAUUCCAGUAUUUGCAGAAUCUCUUGUGUCUCCAUGGUAGAAACAAAACUGAAUAGCUGCUGAUUAAUGCUUGCCUUCUGCAGUCAAUCUAGUUUUGUGCCUUUGCAUUCUUUUAUUGUCAGGAUGAAAGUGGACAGACGCACAGAUGGUCUUUUUCCAAGUUGGAAGAAGCUGAUGCCAGCCUUAUCUGUCAUUGCCAAAGAGGAGAAAGUGUGAGUGAAUGAAGCCAACUAGAUUUCUCCCACUCCUUUGGAAGGGAUGCCUUGUGUAUAUAACUAUUCCUGGAACUAGACUGGGGUGGGAGGGGCUUCCUCUGAAUUACAGAUUUUAAAAAAUCCAAAGGAACUCAGCAAGUCAGUGCAGGUAUUACAGAAAUAAUGUAAUUCAAAGAAAUUCAAAGGACUGGUGUUGUUUUAACAGAAGAAUGUCAAGAAGUGCCCAAUAGCAAACACAGUCUGACUGAUCAUGUUGUAGCAUUAUACCAAGCUGCUGGGUGUGUGCAGCUGCAAUAUUAUAUGAGAGAUGGUAUUUGUUUGCUUGAAGACUGGAUAGAUGCCCAGCAGCAUUGUCUCACAGCUGCUUCUGUUUUUCUGAUAACACUAAUAACCAUUGGCUGUGUGUCGGAAGAAUAUGAAUGUGGAUUAGGCAGAAUAUGAUCAUGUUAUUAAUUUCUGAAUGGGAGCAGGAUACUGCCCUUGACAGUAGCUAUUGCUUUGU